AAAAAGUGAGUGAUUAGUUACCAUGUUUGGUGGGUUUGUGUUAAUAAAUUGACUUUCUGUUGUGAAUUGAAAAUACCUGUUACUGAAGAACAUAACUAGUUUAUUCCAGGAGCUUAUUGAUUCAGGUGACUUGCAUGCAGCGUGAUUCUUCAUUCCAUUCGAGUCGUAGUAUUCCAUGCUCACGUUCAUAAGUGACCUUGAAACUGUGCAGAAAUACCACACUAAUAAAUUGUAGUAUUUCUACUAGGAAAUUCUGUCCAUCAAUAGCUCCAAGACCGUAGAUUCUAGUGUCAGCAGUAGGGGCAGUUUUCUUGUGUUAAGAUACGUCAGUACAGUAGUAUGUUUUCAACAACCCAGCUGACCAGUCGGAGAAUGCAUCUGGGCAGUUUAGGCAAAACUUAGGUUAAAUUAUAAUUUUGGUUGGCAAGGGCAUGAGAAAAACUGGAUUUAAAUGCUACAGACUCGAACCACCUUACCCGUAUUCAUUACUUUUUCCUUAUUAUCCCACGUCCUGAAAAAUUUCAUUGUCCCACUUUUUCAAUGGACGCUACCCACUUUUUCCCACUUUUACCGUGUUACACCUGCAAACAGCUCGCUUUUCCGACUGCAAACUACCCUCGUUUUUACUCACAUAUCCCAGGUUCAAAAAAAUUUCUCCGACCUUGAAUGAUUACAGGAAUCAAGCAACUGCUUUCCAUGCCAGCGGGAAGAAUGUCAUAUUUACACAUUGUUAACUAUCCACUGAAGGAAUUCCUUAUUCUUGCUUUGUUGCUGUAGAUAAGCAUACAUUAUGGAUUCAUAAGCUGAUAGAGUAUAGUUCUUCAUGCAUAUGCUCAUGGAAGUACCUAAAAGCAAUGGUCGCAAAGGCAUCUAGCUACAGUUUUACCGGAGUGAAACACUGUCUUGUAACCAAUAUCUGUAGCUUGAUGUUACUUAGCAUCAGUCUCUGAUUAUACAUUUGUCCAAUAAUGAGGUAGAUCUAUUGGUCGCUGCUGACUACUAGUAGUGAUCACCAAUUUUCAGCAUCCAUUAUUUGUGAAUCAUUUUGGACCUUAAUCUACAUUCAUUAUCACUAAUAGCCUUAUAGACCACAUUAGCUGUGAGUGACAGUGUAGUUACUUAAUACAUAUUAAGCUGAAACAUGAGGACAUAAACGGCUGAGUGGUUCAACUAAUCUGUUUCCAUGCAAAUGGUACUAUGUCCUUCCUCUUUUUUCUUAACUCAUCACACUAUUGUUGUUUAAACUGUUCUUGUCUAAACCUCUACUGAUAUCUGAAACAUUUCUCAAUACUCCCAAGUGAGACAUUUAAAUGUCUUACUGAAGUUAAUGAAUACUUUGUGGUUGUUGAGUUAGGAGGUACUGAAUUUACCCGUGGAAUAUUAUUAACAGUGACAAGAGAGUAAGCAGAUGAAAACAUGACUAGGAAGGCUUUGCUUAUAUGUAGGCAGUUAUUAUUUGCCGGUCGUCGGCGUUGUGGAGUCGAUUUCUUGAAAUACUUGAAUCAGAAAAGAGCAGUAGUUUCACAGAACCCAGGGGACAACUGUUUGAGACCAAUCUCAUCUUGUUCAUAGUGAGUUUUAUAAUUGUAUCCUUACAAAAAACUUACUGCCUGUUACAAGUCACCUUAAAUCAGAGCAGAAAGGCAGCAUAGAUGGUUGUCUGACAGGACCGCCUUACUGCUGUCGCACCCCUACUCAUCAGCAGUAUAACCGUUCUCAGAUCGUCAAAAUAGUGUAAGCGACUUACGCUGUAAUGGUAAACUAGGUCCGAUCGCUAUCCAAACGACCUAUAUGACAUAAUAUGACCUGCAGAAACAUUCGUUUUAGCCAGUGUAGCUCGUUGAGUCGUUGCGAUACCGAAGUCUGACCACAAUGUCAAAACAGCAUCCAUCAAUCGGGCAACGGGCAGUUUAUUAUAUCUACCGUUCAUCUGUUUCCUCAGGUAUAGAAUAUGCCAUAAAGGUACUCCUUAAUUGACAUCCAUGUUCCCAAUGUGGUAAUAAGCUGCUUAUUGUGGUGGACCUUUUACUCUGUUAGCUUAGUUACCCAAAUUCAAAUAGAAAAUAAAGUACCAAAUCAGUUUAGUUACGGGAAGAAUGUACUAAAGUUUGGUUACUUGGGUUUACAAGAAUCCAAAGUCCACAAUAAACGUAAUAGACUCCAGGUGCUGCGGGAAGACUGCUCCAGUACUAAUUCUCCAAUGUUGACGUUGCCGGAGGUCGACCAAAGUACGUAGGAAGAAACUACGGUGCUCCUGCAAAAAUUUGAGAUAGAAAGCAGGUGAUUAAAAUUGAUCGACGGCAGUUGAGAUGGUGGAGAAGACGGAGAGUCGCAGGCAGAACUAUACAUUUUUUCAAAACCCGAGGUUAACAAUAUAAUUCUUUGAGAUCCCUAGCUCUCUUAGUCUAAAACUACAGACAAAAAAUGACCGAUAAUGCUAAUGGAUUUAGAUGUCGACUGGAAGAAGUACAAUCAAGUAUUGCUGAAGGAAAGUUGAUGUUGAAUGUUCUUCGUUCACUUCCAACCACAAAGAAAAAUGAUGUAUUCAUCGCUCGUUUUGAAGAUCUAAUUAAAAGACUGGAAGACUAUCAGUUUCAAAAGAAGAAAAAUGAGGAAUCCAAUUGUUCAACUAUGGAGGCAAGCGGCUCUUGUAAUACUGCAACGCCAACUAAUGUAGCAUUUCAAGAGUCUGCAUCAGCAAUGCUUUCAAAGUUUGAAUCCUUAUUAUGCCAUGAUAAACCCGAGACCUCCCAAGAGGAUAGCCAGUGUACACCUGAUAACAAUGACUCUUUUCACAAUCCAGAAUCUAAACAAGAACUGGAAUCCACUGUUCAAAGUAAUGAUAAUCGACCAACUCUUGAAAUUUGUGAUUUUUUGAAUACUAAUUCAUCGCGAGUUUUAGAACGUGAUAACUCGACGGAUCAGUAUGAGGCACAAUUAUCAGAACUCCAGGGAUUAAUUGAAGAUUCAGAAAAAUUUAAUGGAAUGGUAAAACGACUUGUGGUGAUAACGAAAAAAGCGCAUUUCAAUGAAUCAACAAAAUUACUUUUGGAUAUUUCGAAGAGAUUUACUGAACUUCAGAUCAGUUUUAAUUCCUUGAAAGAAAGCUAUGAUUCGCUUCGAAAUGAAACACAUCUAUCUUCUGAAUUACGCGAUAUCCAGCUGUCAAGCUUUCGUGAAUUUUUGAGCAGCUUAAGUCGCAAUUUCGAUUCGACCAAAGAAUGCUUCUAUACAAUUCAUCGUCUGGUCAAGACCACCAUCGAAGAACAACUGGCGAACGGCACACUACAUGAAUUGGCUAAUAGUGAUGAAGAGGAUGACUUACCUGUGAAUGCAGAUCAACCGUCUACAACUAACGUCAAUGCAGAACUAAGUACAAGUAAACAAAAUGAUGAACCGUGUGUUGAUAUGGAUUCUGCAUUUGCUAUUCAGAAAGCGUAUCUUACAGCAUUACAACAGCGAACAGCUCAAGAAAAAGAGGAGGUUGCUAAGCUACUGCAACAGCGAGAUGAAUUAGCCGGUCGCUUAGCCUCUAUUAAAGAAGCUGCAAGUCGGGCGUCUCUGGAUGAUGUCGUGACAUCUGGCCAUACAAUUGAAUCGACUCAUCUCAGUGUCCCAGUGGAUGAAAAUGAAUGUGAUAACUCGUCGACUGGGAUACCACCUGAAUUGAUUUCUAGUUUAGAGGCUAAAAAACGCGAACUAAAUCAAUUAAAAGGUCAACUUGAACUGCUUCGUGAAGCUGAAGCAAAAAUCGCUACAUUUGCACCAGUUUUCCGUUUGUGUGAGCCAAAAAUGACUAAUCUAUCCGAAGACACUGCGGAUAAUAAUCAAGUCAUUUCUAGUUCACAGUCUAUAUCUCAAGAGGUCAGUUCUCCUAAAACAAGAUCCUCCUGUAAUUAUAAAGAAGGCAAUGAUAAAUCAACAAGUGUCAAGCAUUUUAACGGACCACCAGGAAAUCUAUCAGUAUCCUCUGGUGGUACAUCAACGAAAACUGACUCUGUAACUUUUCAGCAGUCAGGAGUCAACUGUAGUGACAAUACAGAGCGUUUAUAUGCUAAUAUGCGUGAAGCACGGAUAAAAAUAGAAGAACAACGCAAUUUACAUGAUCGAGAAUUAUUAAAUAUUUCAAAUGGUACAAACUCAGGAUCUCAGAAACCAUUAUUGCAACGUGUUAGUUGUAGUGGUGCUUCUGUCGCAACUAGUCAAGAUCGGACAACUUUAGCAACUUGGGGUGGUUCUUCUCCAGUUCCUUCGUGUUCUUCAGAAGAGGCUUCUGAGGCUAGCGGUGAAGGUGUUAGCGUCUCGGAUUCUGUACCUUUGAAUUCUUGUCUUCCAACAUCUGGAACAAAUACUGCAGUUGUUAUCAAUUCACCUGAUACACCUGAUCAAUUGUCUACAGUAGCCAAACGAGCAUCUAGAAAAAGUGGACAUAUUCAAGGAGAUUGUUCAAAUGAUAAUGUCUUGCAUGCACCUUCUACUGGUGACAGUCCUUAUGCCCUAUCUCUUCCUCAAGUUGGACGUAGUCCAUCACCUCCAUCAUCUCGACACAAGAAUAGAUCAGGUGAUAAUACUCAAAGACAAGAUAAUGCAAACCCAGUGGCGAAUCAUCGUAUGAAUUCACAACAAAAUCACUUAGGUGAUUCUACAAAUACUUCUGUUAGCCAAACUGCUAGUCAUCAUAUGGUUGUUGCACCGAUUUGCAAUGACUUUGAUGAUGGUCGAAUGUCAGAUAUGUCUUGUGCAAUAGCUAAUGAACGUAUUCAGCGCCUAGAAUCGAGUGUAGCCCAAUUGUUUCAGUUGUGUCGUUGUUUAAUGCUUGAAAACUCUCAGUUGAAUACAGCAGUCACUCAGUUGAUGUGGCACAACUCGUCUCAUUUAUCGCUUCCAGGACCAACAUCUUUUGCUCCUCGUAGUUCAUCUGUUGGACCUGUUGCUUAUCACCAUUGCCACUGCGCCCCAUCAUCAUCAGCAGCAGCAAAUUGUAAUCAAGUAUUAACGACAGAUUCUGGUUUAUGUGGUCAAUCAAUGGCCUGUAGGCAGCAGGAGCAGUCAUUGAAAACCAUGCCUUGUAUGUCUAAUGUGUGUUCACAGAAUACAGGUGUAAUUCCUCCUACAAGUUUUAAGGAUUCUGAUCAACCAGUUUUACACAGUGGAGUUCAUACUGUAUCUCAGAUUCAGCUGCUUACCAACCAGAUUACACAACAACAAGCUAGCAUCUCUGCGUUACAAUCGGAACUUCAGCGUUUGAUACGGCUACAGACAGAAAAUAAGUCAUCACUUCCUACUGCUGAUACACAGUCACGUGGCCCUUGUUUGCCAAAUUCUGGUGAUUUUGGACUAGUCUUUUCAUCAAGUGUUCCUGGUCCUAUACCAUCUGCCAACACUGCAUCUCUCAAGUCUGGUACUAGUGAAUCCAUGGAAAUUCAAAAUAAUCUUUCAGGAACUACUAGUUCUCACCAAAUGUCCGCCUAUUCUUUUUUGACACCUCAGAGUAUGCCAGUCAAUAAUUGGUCUUUCGUUUCUGUUCCGAAUGUAUGUCAAUAUCCCAGAGAAGCUACAUUGAUAAACACAGGUCAGAGAUCAACUGUACAACCUGACUCAUAUCUCCCAAAUACUCCUUUACCUCUUGAUCCCCGGGCAAAUCUCACUUCACCUCAUGGUUCUUCAGUCAGUCAAAAUAAUUUAGGUUUCAGUAGACACCAUUGAUCUGUUUGCAGAGGGGAUAUUUACCGUGAUGAAAUCGAUCUCAUUCAAUAUAUUGGGUUUCUUUUUUUAUCAGUUGACUGACUGUUGCAUUUAGUUUUUAACGCAUUUUCUACUCCACGUGUUCUCCUAACACAAUUAGUUUCCUUUCCCCUCUAUCUGCUCCUUCUUCUUUUUCAUCAAUGAAAAUGCAUGUGUUCUUUCACUGUUGUCGAACCUCUUCAAUUACCUUUUUAUGCCUUUCUGCAUAUGUCUUAUGAUCAGUAGAGAUAAACAAUUGGCUUUGCUCACUCACAUGUUUAUGUAACUUUUGCAUGAAGCCUUGAUAUAUAUAUAUAUAUAUAUAUAUAUAUAUAUAUAUAUA